AUGCAGCAUGUUUGUGAGACGUGUCUCCUAGAUGGAGACUCUACAAAUGCAGCCAGACGAUAUACGCCGAAAUGCGGACAACGAUGCCGUGACGAGCGUUUGUCCUCUGAAGACGAUCGACUUCUCGCGAUGAAUGGUGACGGUCCACCAAAUGAGAGUUCCUCAGCAGAUGAGGAAGGUGAUGAGAACGAUCAGGAUGGCGUUUGUUACCCGUGCGAUUCCGGUGCACGUGUAUAUCGGAAUGGUGUGCGUAAAAGCUCAAGUGCUCAUGCAAAACUUAGUUGUGGUAUCUCCUCGAAGAAGCGUUCCAUGCCAAAGUCUCGUCAGAAACCGAAGAAUAGCUUUUCAGACAAGGAUGAGAAGUCGCCCGAAGAGGACGAUUCAGAAGAAAGCGACAGUGAUGCGGAAUUUGCCGUGCAUGCAUGUCUCCGAUCGCUGAUCAAAUCACGCUCGGCAUUCUCUUUCAAGAACCACGAUGCCGUUCUCAAGAGUCCCGCUGAAGCUGGAAUCGACCCGCUGAUUGCCUCAUUCAAGGGUCAGUUAUCACCUCCAGAUGGUGUUGUCUUGAUCUGGCUGGAAGUAUGCCUUCUUCUGCAGUUCAUGAUCGCAAAAAUAACAGAAAAGCAUAUUUUGCUAUUCGUUUGGGGUGCACUCAAAGCGAUAAAUCCGCUAGCAGCUUGCUUUGACUUGUCUAAAAUGGUUAUCUCUCGUGCUGAUUCAUUCCACGAAGAACUCGAACCACCCGUUGCGAAUUUCGCUGGUGAGCUAUUCGAGCGAUGGCCUCCGCCUAGCAACCGUCAGAAACGGCUCCGUCCGCAACAACUAGGAUUAAAGGUGGUGGCAACGGACGGUAAUGAAACUGGAACCGAAAUCACCGAACUCGACGAUCCAGAAGCUGGGCUUGCACUGGAUGAUAAGGAACUUUCGGCAAGCGACCUGAGUGAUGACUCAAUGCUUGGCGGAGAGCGUUUAAAACCAUCUCAGUCCUUGGGUCAGUGCUGGUCAGCACCAGCAAAUAUCAUAAUUCGUCAGCGAUCGCAAGUAACUGGCGGCAACGAGACUGGAAAUGUGGACUGUCCAAGUCCCGAAUCACCUUUGAAUUAUUGUUGGUCCGCGCCCGAGUUCCUGGACGAUACAGACGAAGAGGACGCCGAUGUCGAUCGUGUUCAUGGUGAAAUGAAGGCUACCCUCAAGGGACUGUUCAAAAGAUCUGCCUCCUAUGAGUUCUUGAAAACGUUGUAUUCCGAUUAUGAUGAGCCAAAACGACCGAAUUUCUUGGAUCUCGGCAAUGAACUACCAAAUGAAGCGGCUCUAAAUGCUGUAAACUGCCAAGUAAACGCAGAAGAUGAAGAUGAUCAACUGCCUGUGAACCAUUUGGUGCCGUUGGCAACGAAUGACAAAUUUGGAUCACUGGAACUUUAUGGAGCAACUCCAUCACCCCAACGUGAAGACGACUGUGUUUUCCAUGUGAAUGAUGGGUCGGAUGAAGAUGAAGACAAGGAAUCUCUUAAUUCCACAGAUCCACCGGCAGGACAGAGGAUUGGGAGCGAAUCACCAAUUGAAUUCAUUGAUUCGGGGGAUGAAUCCGGCUUGGUUGCGGCCAAUGAAACGACGACCGUGACUCAAACAAGCCACAGAACACGAUCAUGCGAUACCAGUGAGGCAAUAGAUGAACGCAGCUUUGAUGAGGGAGAGUAUAAGCUGAACGAUGUGUGGACUUCACAUUCUACUGGACAUUUGGAUGAGAGAAACGGACGGAGAAUUUGAUGCUCUUCACCUGGCUGUCGUCAGUAUGCAUCGAAGCAUGUGAGUUCAGUAACAUCCUCAAAUGGCACCGUAUCAAGUGGUGCUGAUGCAGAAUUGCUCUACGAGGAUGACGACGACAUGGAAGCAGAAUGGCUGAGCUUGAAGCAUUCGGCUGAGAAUGACCCAAUUCUCGAAAUGAUUUUGAAGAAUCAGCAUGAUCCAAGCGUUACGUUCGCAAGAUCACCACAACCCGAUGUGGAAGGGCAGCAGGUGCUGGAAGGACAAGAAGAGCUGCCUGAGUGCAAUACUAGAAGCAAGAGCAAAGUUGUUGAUCCGCCGAAUCAACCACAACCUGACGUACCGUUUGGUGGUGAUGCCAUAUCAUCAAAUUCCAAUUCUCACAGCGGCGAAUGUGUACGCGAUGAAAAUUUUGGUGACGAAAAGCUACAGACGAGUGCACAAAGAGGGCAAUUUGCUCGAUCGACUGAAGACGACAGAGUGCAUCAAGCAGGCCAGCAAGGCCUAAAAGAACACGAUAAAAAACUUAAUGAAGAAAAAACUCACUUACCCUUGCAAAGUACCAAUGAAUAUGCACCAACAGCAACAUCAUCACCACCAACACCAGCAGCAGCAGCAGCAUUGCCGAGCCACGCCUCAGCCAACAUUCUAAUGAGCUCGUCAAACAUUCAGAGGAGCAUAACAACAGAAUGUGCUAAGCAAAAUGAUGACAGCGAAAAAGAUGACAGACACUCGCACGUUCACUUGAACAAAAACCACACAAAACACUUGAAUGAAGGCCAAGCCGACGACGGCAGUGCGGUGGCAACCCACGAUAGCCGAGAGAUUGACGAAUGCUUGAGCCGGGAAAACUUAAACAGUGUGGCUGAGCCUAGUCCAGCAGCAUCACUUGUCUCUGUUCUAUCGGAGCAGAGCACUAAUCUCUUGAAAGUGGACGACCACUCAAUUGAAACACAGCAGCUU